AUGAAUCCAUAUCUUGUUGGCCUCCUAGUUCCAAUCUUGAUCGCUUUCAUUUUUCGGAAAACCAAGAGUUAUAAGAGACGCGGGUUACCUGUCAAUUCUGGCGGAGAACCUGGAUAUGCAGUCCGAAAUGCUCGUUUCCCUUCUCCUAUUGAAACAGCGUGGGAAGGCGUCUCAACGAUCUCCGGUCUCUUUGAGAUAUCGUGCAAGAAGUAUUCCAGCAAUCACUUCCUUGGUUCCCGGGAUUUAAUCUCCACGGAGACAGAGGUGACUGCAGAUGGGAGGUCCUUUGAGAAGCUUCACCUUGGAGACUACCAGUGGGUUAGCUAUGGUGAAGUCUUUGAUGCCGUCUUGACUUUUUCCUCUGGUCUGGCGAAACUCGGGCAUAAAAAGGGGGAACGUGCCGCAAUAUUUGCUGAUACAAGAGCAGAAUGGUUGAUAGCUUUGCAGGUAACAAUCUAUCUUCUUUUCUGAUCGGCAUUUAUCUAAAAUUAGUAUUAGUUUUUGAGAAAUUAUCUAUCAGCAGUGAGACACGAACGUCUUUUGAGAAAUUAAUAUUUCGUCUAAAAUGAUUUUUCAUCAAAUGUUCUUAGUGAUUUAAUUUUUUCUGCUGUGUCUCUGUUAUAAAUUUUACUUGAGACAGUGAAGUGAUGGGUUCGUAAAUAGUUUGGAAGACAUUGUACAACAGUUCCUCAAAGCAUGGACAAUUCCUGCAUAAAUUUGAAUUUUUUACAUUUAUGUUCUCUUAAUGCGACUAGUCUUGUGGAUUCAGUAUAGAGUUUGCCGCAAAUUCUCUCUAAUGUCUCGACUAAACUGAAGCUCAAUCUCAUUGAACUGUAGCUCCUCUCUUGAAGUGCAUUUUUGUAUCUUUCUAAUAUUCGCUUCUUUCAUGGAUAGGGAUGCUUCAGGCGAAACAUCACAGUCGUGACCAUAUAUUCUUCCCUUGGCGAGGAGGCUCUAUGCCACUCAUUGAAUGAGGUUUCAUCUCUCAACCCGAACUCCAAGGAAUUAUCACAUCAGAAGGAAACUUAUCAGUACUUCCCUCAUAAUGAGAAAGAACAUGAACACAGGCACAGAAACCCGACGCUCAAUGAUGCAAUUGUAUUAUGGCACCCCUAGGUGCAAUGCAGUAAAAUUAAUUAAUCGUGCCAAAAGAAAAUGAAAAUCAAGCUUGGAUAACAUUAGAGUUUUUUUAUUUUUCUUGCAUUCUGAUCUAAAUUAUGUUCGAAAUAUCUAGACAAUCACGCACAGUAUUUUCUUCAUCCACCACCAUUAAUUGAGUUUGGGAUUGUUUGUCGUCGUUCCACCUGCCGGGGAAGCCUAUGAAUGAUUGUUUCUAUUAUUUUCCAAGAAGAAAAUCUGCCUGAAACUCGAGUAAAAGCAUGAGAAAAAAAUUGCAUUUUUUUCCUUUUUUGGAAUUUUAGUCAAAUAAUAAUCACUUUGAUCCAGUUUUAUUGUAAAACCAUAAAUGUACCUGCUUGUUCGUACUCCCACUGAUUAUUGGUUUAAUUCGGUCAUUCCAGACGGAAGUCACAACUGUGAUCUGUGGACACAAAGAAUUGAAGAAGCUGCUUGAUAUAAGUGGGCAGCUGGUGUCGGUAAAACGCGUCAUCUGCAUCGAUGAUGCCGGCAUUUCGAAUGGUGUGUCAUCUGAAGAUAGGAAUACAAACUGGACGACUGCCUCAUUCUCGGAGGUUAAAAGGCUUGGUAGAGAAAACCCUGCAGAAGCAGAUUUACCGGCUUCAUCUGACAUUGCAGUGAUAAUGUAUACCAGCGGCAGCACCGGCUUACCCAAGGUUUGUUUGAGAUACACUCCGUUCAGUCCGUGAAAUUCAUGCUGUCUACUAUUUUUCUGCGAUACGGGUUGCAUUUAUCGAGCAUUCCAUAUGGCGAAUGAAAGGCGUUGAUUAGUAUGGCGUUUGUAAUUUACGGGGAUGAUAUUACGAUGAAAUCAGUUUCCUGACAACGUUUUCAGGAGCGAGGAAGAACAGAAAUAAAAAUUAGCGAAUGCUUUAGGAGCUAAACUCUUCAUAGGGCAUUUUAGUUCUUUGAGAACACAUGUAAACAAACUUUGACGAAAUUCCUUAGUUUCUGGAGAAGCUUGAUGGACCUGUGAAAGUUUGAUUUGAAAUAUUUCACUGCGGACUAAGAUCUUUCCAAAAUUUUAAUCAACUUUUCUUUGUUUAGGAUGGUAACCUGUAAGUCAUUCAAACCCCGUUCUGGUUCAUGUUGUGAGUAAGGAUUCAGGGUCACUUUGUUUGUAUAAUAUGCACCACAUUAUCUGCUCAUCGUGUAUUACUCAUCUUCCCAAUUUCUUAGAUUUUCAGGACUGUUAUCUGGUAAGCUUCAUCAUCCGGGGUUGCUUGUCGAAUCACAAUCAUUUUUCUUCAUUCUUUUUUGGGUUGGGUAAAGGGAUUUGGUGGUUUCAUGUUUAUGUUUCCUUUGAUCGAUCGACUUUCAGAAUCACUGCCCAAUUUAUAAAAUGUAUAUUCUUACAUAGUUCUUCGAGGAUCAUCUUCAUGCAGGGAGUGAUGAUGAGCCACGGCAACAUAUUGGCCACAGUCUCCGCCGUCAUCUCAAUCGUUCCCGACAUCGGCGUAAAAGAUAUAUACUUGGCUUACUUACCGCUUGCCCAUAUCCUUGAGCUGGUCGCUGAGGUAGGGAUUUGAAUAGCCUUGCAUCUUUCCUUAGCUGUUCUUUCAAUCCAAUCCGUGGGCUGACGACCCCUCUCCUGGUUAUCUAGAAUGCGAUGGUAGCCAUGGGAGUGGGCAUCGGAUAUGGCUCUCCUCUGACUCUCACCGACACGUCAAACAAGAUCAAGAGGGGAACGAGGGGCGACGCCUCGGCGUUGAGACCGACCGUGAUGACCGCGGUGCCGGCCAUCCUCGACCGUGUCAGGGACGGUGUUAGAAAGAAGGUAUCUAAUCCCCUCACAUUUUCAAAUUAUAGUUGUUGAGAGAGAAUGAUCCUUCCCUGGACCUGCUACGAGUCCUUUUCCUUUUCCUUUAAUGGCGUCCCAGCUGUGAUUAGAAAGACGAUGUUUCAUUCUCACGCAUAUAUUUGUUAUUAUCAUUUACGCAGGUGAGUGCAAAGGGCCGCUUUUCGAAGAAGCUAUUCGAUAUAGCUUACGGUCGGAAGCUAAGUGCGAUCAACGGCAGCUGGCUUGGGGCAUGGGCCCUUGAGAAGACCCUGUGGGACUUUUUGGUUUUUAAGAAGGUCCGAGCCAUUCUUGGAGGUCGCGUCCGCUUCCUCCUCUCUGGGGGUGCCCCUCUCUCUGGCGACACCCAGAGGUUCAUCAACAUAUCCCUAGGGUCAGUACCCCUCUCUCUCUCUCUCUCUCUCUCGUUCUCUCUCUCCCCGAGGUUCAUCUGAUGCUUCUCAUGGGUCUCUGCCUAUCAUUGAGGCGGCUAAUGUCAUGCCUGUACUUAAUGUGCGCAGAGCCGCAAUCGGGCAAGGAUAUGGCCUCACCGAGACAUGUGCCGGGGGGACAUUUUCCGAGGCCGACGACAUAUCGAUCGGCCGCGUCGGUGCUCCUCUGCCCUGCUCAUUCAUUAAGGUGAGAAACAGUAGACUAAUCCCAUCUACCUCAAAGACGAUUAAAGCAUCAUUUCCACAGCUCCGCGGAGUUUCUUCCCCUGUCCCUCUUCGUAAUCCUUUUCAAUAACUUGGUGCUGAUCUCCUCAACUACAAGGAUUUACAUAUUUCCCUCCUGAUUUGGGAUGAUCAAUCACAAUGUUUCUGAUGCCGUGCUAAAGCACAGUAGUGUCUUGAAGCUGGGAAGAGAGAGAACCCAUUGGUUGACAAUGGGAAGAGAGAGAACCCAUAUCCCUAACAACAAACCUUAUUCGUUCUCUCCCUUGUGGGUCUUUUCCUGCUCUCACAUUAUCCUGCAUCUUCUAUGAUUAAUCACAGAUUUAUUUUUUCAUUCUCCCAUCACCUCAUUCAGGUCUCCGUCUUGCUUGAUAAUCUGAGUAGAGCAAGCCCAAUGAAUUCCGCACAAUGUUUGUUCAUUGUGACGUUCCUGCUCUCACCUAUUCCCCCAUCACCUCGUUCAAAUCGAAGCAUCUUCCUAGACGAGCAGCAUGAAUUGUAUUGAUUUUUCUCCAAUCCAGUUGAUCGAUUGGCCCGAGGGAGGCUACCUCACCAGCGAUUCUCCGAUGCCUCGCGGCGAGGUGGUCAUCGGGGGUCCGAAUGUGACGGCCGGUUACUUCAAGAACGAGGAGAAGACGAGGGAAGUCUACAAGGUAGUAACGCGCCUCCUCCGCUGCUUCUCGAUGAAAUCGACCGACAUUGACUUUGGUUACUUUGGAUUUUGAUGGAAUCCGGAAGGUGGACGAGAAGGGGAUGCGGUGGUUCUGCACCGGCGACAUCGGCCAGUUCCACCCCGACGGCUGCCUCGAGAUCAUCGACCGCAAGAAGGACAUUGUGAAGCUCCAGCACGGCGAAUACGUUUCCCUCGGAAAGGUGCGAUCUUGUCCUUCCCCCGAAAACAACCACCUCUUUCUCUGUCUGUCUCUGUCUCUGUCUGUCUGUCUGUCUGUCUCUCUCUCUCUCUCUCUCUCUCUGUGUCAGGCUUGGCCAGGACUUCAUAAAGUUUAGGGCUUUCCUAAUUUCGUCUCUCUCUCUCUCUCUCUAGCUAGCUCUCUACUCUCUCUGUGUGGCUGAGGAUGAGAAAAAAAGAAGUGGGGGCUUUAUGGUGUGGGAUGGCUGAGUGUGCGUGUGUGUGAUAUAUUUUGACAGGUGGAGGCGGCGCUGAUAGCGAGCCCAUACGUGGACAGCAUCAUGGUGCAUGCGGAUCCUUUCCAAAGCUUCUGCGUGGCCCUCGUUGUCGCUUCCCCUCCGGCACUCGAAGCCUGGGCCCACCAGCGAGGCCUCCCCUUCGCUGACCUCCCCGACCUCUGCCGCAAACGCGAAGCCACCACCGAAGUCCUCUCCUCCUUGAUCAAGGUUCUCUCUCCUCCCAUUCACAGACAGGUAUAUAUAUAUAUCUAGAGAGAGAGAAAGAGGGCAAAUGAGGGCUCAUUUUGUGGGUGGUUGUCACGACGCAGGUGGGGAAGAGUGCGCGGCUGGAGAAGUUCGAGGUGCCGCCGAGGGUGAAGCUGUUGGCGGAGCCGUGGACGCCGGAGUCGGGUCUGGUCACCGCCGCCCUGAAGAUAAAGAGGGAGGUCAUCAAGAAGACGUUUUCGGGGGACCUCGCCGAGCUCUACUCCUCGUCCGGCUAG